UCCUGAUGAACACUAAGACGGAGACUUCUGAUCUCAAAUGGACCGUCUUCUCACAUGCCAAACCCGAGUGGGAGGAAGUAAGUGGUUUGGAUGAGGAGAACAACAGCGUGAGGACCUAUCAGAUCUGUCAGACUGACAGCGCCUCCAGCCAUUGGCUGCGCAGCGGCUUCAUCCAGCGGAGAGGAGCGUCUCAGGUCUACGUGGAGCUGCGCUUCACCGUGAUGGAGUGUUCCUCCAGGAGCAUCCACCACCGCAGCUGUAAGGAGACGUUCAACCUCUUCUACUACCAGGCCGACUCCGACGAGGCGACGUCCUCCUACCCGCCCUGGAUGGAGAACCCAUACACCAAGGUGGACACAGUGGCUGCAGACUUUCUACGGAGGAAGGGCGGGGAGAGGAAAUUCAAUGUGAAGACCUUAAGGCUCGGCCCUCUGUCCAAGAGAGGUUUCUACUUGGCCUUCCAGGCUCAGGGCGCCUGCAUGGCCCUGCUGUCCGUCAGGGUCUUCUUCAAGAAGUGUCCCCCCCUGGUCAGUGCUCUUUCCUCCUUCCCAGAGACCGUCCCCCGCACCCUGGUGCAGGAGGCCCAGGGUGUGUGUGUGGAGCACUCCGCACAGCAGGGGCCUCGACCUCGGCCCCCGAAGCUCUUCUGCGGGGAAGACGGUCACUGGGUGGGCCAGCCGACAACUUCCUGUGCCUGCAUGCCAGGAUAUGAGCCCUUCGAAGGACAAACCAGAUGCACAGCCUGUCCUCCAGCUCAGUUCAAGUCCUCCGCAGAGGGACAGUGCAAAGGCUGUCCAGGAUUCAGCCAAACCACCAUUGCAGGGGCCUCAGUGUGUGCGUGUCUAUCUGGAUACUUGCGUGCAGAGUCUGACACUCCUGACACACUGUGCACAAGACCUCCCUCAGCUCCGCGCACCGUCCGCUCCCAGAUCAACGACACCACGCUCAGCCUGAAGUGGAAUGAGCCUCUGGACAACGGCGGCAGAACAGACCUGAGCUACGCCAUCAGAUGCUCCUUCUGCAGGUCCACUAAGGGCCCCUGCCUGCCCUGCGGGGACAGCGUCAGCUACCGGCCCGAGCAGCAAGGCCUGCUGGGUCGCAGGGUGGAGGUGUGGGGCCUGCUGCCUCAAACCACGUACUCCUUCACAGUGCAGUCUCUCAACGGGGUGUCUCAUGUCAGCGGCAAGGACCCUGCCAGUGGAAGUGUCAAUAUCACCACCAGCCACAACGUGCCGUCGCUGGUGUCUGUGAUUCGGAAGAGUGACUCCACAGAGAGCAGCCUGACUCUGCACUGGUCAGUCUCCGCUCAGCUGCACUACACCAUCCUGCAGUAUCAGGUCCGCUACUGUGAGAAGGAGCGACGUAGUGAGGACCAGUGCCACUACACAGAGAGCAACAAGAACCAGGCGGUGCUGACGGACCUCCGCAGAGCGACCCAGUACGAGGUUCAGGUUCGGGCGCGCACCAUGGGCGGUUACGGCAGCUUCAGUCCUGCAGCCUUCUUCCGCACGCUGCCUGAUAGUCACGACUCUGCCGCCCAGUUCCUAGUACCUGGCAUCCUUAUCGCUGUCGGGAUGUUGCUGCUUGUCACUUUCGUCUUAGUGGCCGCCUACUGCAUACGCAGACACAGCCGAGUAAAGGACCCAGAGCUGAGCGACAAAAACAGCCAGUACCUCAUCGGCCAAGGGGUCAAGGUUUAUAUCGACCCCUUCACCUACGAGGACCCUAAUGAGGCCGUGCGAGAAUUUGCCAAGGAGAUUGAUGUUUCCUUUGUUAAGAUCGAAGAGGUUAUCGGUGCUGGAGAGUUUGGAGAGGUGUGUCGAGGGCGGCUGAAGGUCCCGGGGAAAAAAGAAAACUACGUAGCCAUUAAAACACUAAAAGGGGGCUUCACUGACAAGCAGAGGCGGGACUUCCUGUCCGAAGCGUCCAUCAUGGGUCAGUUCCAGCACCCCAACAUCAUCCACCUGGAGGGCAUCAUCACGGCCAGCUGCCCCGUCAUGAUCCUCACAGAGUUCAUGGAGAACGGAGCGCUGGACUCUUUCCUGCGGCUGAACGACAGCCAGUUCACUCCCAUCCAGCUGGUGGGAAUGCUGCGUGGCAUCGCCUCCGGCAUGAAGUACCUGGCAGAGAUGAGCUACGUCCACCGGGACCUGGCUGCCCGCAACAUCCUGAUCAACAGCAACCUGGUGUGCAAGGUGUCUGACUUCGGCUUGUCACGCUUCCUGCAGGAGAAUUCCUCCGACCCCACCUACACCAGCUCUCUGGUGAGAUCACGCCUCAGAAACUAUUCAAUUUCACAGUAUAUACACCUGUCAUUUAAAGAUGUCUGUGGAUCAGCGAAGAACAAACUUAUUUACAGCGAUGGCCUGGCAGAAGCUCCAGCAGAGUCAACACAACUGUUGCAGAGCAGCGGGGGGGCGACUCUCCCUGCGAUCAAACUUAAUACAAAACAGAGUGGAGGCGCUCAGCCGCAAACUGUGCCUCCCAUCUUCCACCGCAAUCACACUGCGUACACAGGUGAACAAUAA